GAGGAGAGGGAGGGAGAGUUGUAGAAAGAAGACUGUGCUGCUAGGAAGGAGACAGACAGAGAGAUCUCUAUUAUCUAUCUUGUUCGUCAGAUCAGCAGCUGAAAGGCAAAAUCUUUGUAAGUUCUCCAUUUUCUCAUGCAAUGAUUCCUUCGAUCUGCAGAUGGGGAGGGAGGUUGCCAGUUUACGUAUCGACAAGAAAGCCAAUUUAAAACCAAAUUGUAAUGGCUCAGAGGCACUUGGAAGAGACGCGAAUAUUGAGGAUUGCGGUGAGAAGCAAGAUGUGCUAUCUGUUAAGAUCACGAAUUGUGAGGCCGGGGAGGGAAAAGUUGUGAAAGCUGACACUCUAAAGUCGAGUGACAAGAAGUCGAACUCAACCGUGAAGCCUGCCUCGGAGUCCCCCGGCACUGGUCUUGUUGCCAAGCAUAGUGCUAACGGUGUUGAGACUACUGAUACUGGUUCGAACUGCUCUUUGAAAUCGAACGAUCUGCACUCCCCGUUGAGUGUAAAAAGAUCACAGCAAAUUCCUCUGGUGUCAAGAAAUGAUAGGAAACACCAUGACGAAGAAGAUAGUUGGUCCUUGGCUUCUUCUGCUGCAGCAUCUGUGAGAACUCUCAGAUCUAAAAUUACUGUUCCAGUUGCUCCGACUUUUAAAUCUGCAGAUCGAGCUGCAAGACGCAGAGAGUUUUACUCAAAGUUGGGGGAAAAACACAAAGCUUUGGAAGCAGAGAAACAAAAAUGUGCUGCCAGAACUAAGGAAGAAGAGGAAGCAGUUAUAAAGCAGAUUAGAAAGAACAUGGUCUAUAAGGCAAAUCCAGUUCCAAGCUUUUACCAUGAAGGGCCUCCACCAAAAGCCAAACUUAAGAAACUACCUCUCACUCGUGCAAAAUCACCCAACCUUUCACGGAGAAAAAGCUGCAGUGAUGCUGUUGUUUCUCCAGAAGUGAAGCAAGUUUAUGGUCGGGGUCGUCACAGCAUUGGCGCUUACAGGCAAGGGAAUACGAGCGCCAUAACUCCCAAAAGUAAAGCCCUGGUGAACCGGGAGAAUGUUAAUGGAACUAGCAGUGCGAAACCAGUAAACGUUACAAGGAAAACUCCACCAAACCAGGCAAAGGAAGCUCCUGCAAACGACUCGUCAGUGAAGGAGACGAAUGCAAGUCCAACUAAUGACGUAAAGGAAACUCCAGCCGAAGAGGUUAAGGAAAGUAAUCGUACUAUUAUAGAUUUUCAGCCGAGCGGGCAUAUUGCUGCUCAAUCAUGAAGCAGUUUAGCUCCUUUUUUUUUGUGUUUUUUAUUGUACUUUUAGAGGAAAACGAACUGGACUCCUUAAAAUGGUCAUUUCCUUGGUUGUUGGCAAUGACUUGUUGAUCAAUCUGUGUUGUAAAUUGUGUAGCAGUUUGUGUUUUUUGGGUACAUAUUUGAUGAAGAAGAGAGGCAUGGAGGCAUGGACUGACUUGUUUAUAAACGUACUUCCUUCAA